AACCCUUUCUAUGAACAUUCCGUGCGAGUUAGGGCGUCUUUUUCCAGGGUUGCAUUUUCAGUCUGUGUGUAAAUUGCAAUUCAUUUUGGUCUUGGGAUCUUGGGAUCAUGCCACAAAGUGUGGGGUCACCAUCGGCUCGACUCUCUGGCAGCUCCCAGACACGUCGUUAUCGUACCCGUGCCCUUACUUCUCAUGUGGACGAAAGUCUCUUUGGAACCCAUAAAAAGGACUCUGAGAGGUCAGAAGGCAUGCCGGGUCAGUCUCAUUCUGCCCAGAGGCAGAGCCAGAAGUCCCCGAAAGCCAACACAAUCCGCAUUAUCACCAAAGACCUCAUUCGUGACCUAAAAAUUCCUAGUGAAGAUCCCUCUGGGCUGUCCAUAAUACUUCCACCCACUGAGAUUGAGCGGAUUGCCUCUGCAUGUCGGGUACCGACGAAGGAGGAGAGGGAGGCCAUGAUGGAAGACUAUCGAAAGGAGAGGGAGGCAGCUCUUGAUGCCGCGGAAGAGAGGAAGGCCCUUAUCCGCCAGGCGGACCUGUCCCGUCAGAAGAACCAGGGUCUGACUGAGCUAGAGGCAGAGGCCCGGGACAGGGCCCAGUACCUGCUGGAGAGAGCCAACGCCAUGAGGAUGGAGCAGGAGGACGAGGUCAAGAAGCUCAACGAGUUGAUUCUAGGUGCCCAGUGCCACGCGGUACGGGAUGCCCAGAUCCUGGAGAGGAAGCAGAUUCUGGGGGAGCUGCAGGAGGAAGAGAGGCGUCUGGACGCUAUGAUGGAGCUGGACCGCAGGCGGGCCCUGGAGGCCCAGGAGCAGAUCGACGAGAUCCGAAAGCAACAGAUGAUCCGGGGGAAAGAGCUGAUUGUAAAUCAGAUUGAGGAGCGUCUGGAGGAAAAGAUGCUACUUGACGAGAUGAGGGAACAGGAGGGCCAACAGAUGUUGGAGAACCUAGAGAGGAUGCAAAUCGAGGAACUUGAGGCUCUAGGAAAGAAGAAGGAGCAGCAGAUGAAGUUGCAGGUGGAGAUCAUGCAAAUCAACGAGGAGAACCUGCGGGCAAGGGAACGCAAGAAAGAGGAGGAGCAACUGGCAAACCUGAGAGCCAUGGAGUACACCCGCAAGAAAAUGGAGAGGGAGGCGGAGUAUGAGGCAGAGCAGAGACGCAUCCAGAGGGAGAAGGAGAAGGAGGUGGCCAGGCUGAGAGCCCUGCAGGAGAGGGACAAAGACCACAAGGCCGAGCAGGAUGAGCUUCGGGCCCGGAGGAACCAGGAGGCCAUGGAGAGGGAGUGGAGGCAAAAAGAGAAGGUGCAGCUAAAGAAGAAGGACGAGGAAGAGGCCAGACUGAAAGCAGCUCGCUUGGAGCAGGUUGUGCACAAGGAACACCUGCUGUCCAUCGAAGCCGGACGGGAGAGGGCCGAGUUUGAGAGGGUGUUACGAGCUCAGCUGGAGUCCAUCGAGAAGGAGAAGGAGAAGGAGUCCAAGCACAGGCAGAAGGUCCUGCGUCACGCUGACGGCGUCCGUCAACAGGUGAGGGAGCGCGAGCAGCAGGCCAUCAGCCAGCGGCGGGAGUUCUUCAAGGAGGCUGACCGCCUGGACGAAGAGGCUCGCGAGCGACGCAUCCGCCUGAACGAGAUCAAGGACAAAAAGCUGAAGGAGCUGAAGGCUGCUGGUCUACCUGACAAAUACUGUAAUGAAGUGGAGAGGAAAGCCCAGACCCUGACUACUCUGGCUCACUAGCAGGGGCGUCGUUAGACCCUUUUUAUUCUGUGACAUGCCCCAGUAUAAAUCUCCUGUGCCCCAGUAUAAACCUCCUGUGCCCCAGUAUAAAUCUCUUGUUUCCCAGUAUAAAU